AUGCGUCAUUCAUUAUUUUCGUGUUUCCUUGGCUUGACGACUUUUGCGAAUGGUGGUGUGCUGCGCCCCCGAGACGGUGAUGUUUCACUGGGCGAUAAGUGGAAGAACUAUGACGAAAUCGUACCUUUCCAACAGCAAACGGCAGACGGCACGCCGGGUGACAUUGAACUUCGUUUCAAACCUUGGUUGAACGACGGCAGCGGAUGUUUUCCGUACGCGGCUGUUGAUAAAGAUGGCAACCACGGAACCGGCCUCGAGCCUAGGGGCAAAAGUGGUGGAGACUGUCGAGACUCUGCCAAGGGUCAAGUCUACUCCCGGGUUGGAACCUCCAACGGGCGCAAGGCAGUUUUGUACUCGUGGUACCUCCCCAAGAUCCAGGCCGAUACCGAGAAACACAGGCACUCGUACCUCACCGUCGUUGUUUGGCUGCACACCGCGACCUGCAACGCGGCUGCUGGUGACUACAAUAUUGAGGGCAUCAGCUACUCCACAGGCACGGAGACCUACGACAAGGGACUCACCCCUUCCACGAUGUUCACCUCCGGAGACAGUGGGACGGGCUCUCCCAACACACACGCAAUCGUGGGCUACGACGGACAAGCCAACGUCUUCCCCUCGGCCAACAACGCGCAGUAUGGGCUCAGCCCUCCACUGAUUAGCUGGGACAAGCUGUCGACUGCGGCAAAAGAGCAGUUCAAUGCCAUCCGCUACGAAUAUGCCCGCUGUCCCUUCACCGAUGCCAACUUCCAAGCAUCUCUUGACGCAGCUUACAAUGAGGACUUGUACGCAAACCUGGAGGCGGAGCCUGAUGUGAACUGUGCUGCGACUCCAACAACACCCUCGACUCCGAGGGUUUCCACGCCAGUUACCCCUAGCGAUCUGAACACAGACCCUGUGGAGGAAGGACCAGAUAUUCCUCUCAAUGACCUCCCACCAGAUCCCACCUACACCCCUACCCCGGGCAAGAAGCUGUGA